ACACACACUAUAGUAACCAAAAAAAUAACAAUACUAAUACAGUGAAUUUUUUAGAGAGAGAGAGAGAGAGAAGUAGUGAUGAUGAAAGAGGAGGGGAAGUUGAAUGGUAAUGGUGCUCCGGCGGCUCACUUUGUGCUGAUACAUGGGAUCGGCGGCGGCGCGUGGUGUUGGUACAAAAUGAAGUGCCUUAUGGAGAAUUGUGGAUACAAGGUGACAUGCCUUGACCUGAAAGGCGCCGGCAUGGACCAAACUGACCCAAACGCCGUCGUUUCGUUUGAAGACUACAAUCAGCCACUCCUUGAUUUCCUCUCCUCCUUGCACGACCACCAACAGGUGAUUUUGGUGGGGCAUAGUGCAGGGGGGCUGAGUUUGAGUGAUGCUAUUCAUAGGUAUGGAAAGAAGAAGAUCAGGCUUGCUAUUUUCAUUGCUGCUACCAUGUUGAAAUCAGGCUAUCUCACCAACCAAGAUCUUAAACACGGAGUGCCAGACUUAUCAGGAUUUGGAGAAUUGAAUGAAGUAUAUGAUAUUGGGUUUGGAUUAGGAGCAGAUAAUCCUCCAACGACAACACUUAUUAAAAGGGAAUUCCAGCGCAAGAUCAUUUACAACCUAUCCCCUCACGAGGAUGCGACUUUAGCAGAGAUGCUGCUAAGGCCGGGGCCGGUUCAGGCCUUAGUAACGGCUAAAUUUCCAUUAGCUGAGAAGGAUGAAGAUGAGGUGCCGAGAAUCUACAUCAAAACGACGCAGGAUAAUGUAAUAAAAGCAGAGCAACAAGAGGCCAUGAUCAGCAAAUGGCCGCCUCAACAUGUGUAUGUUUUGGAGAGUGAUCACAGCCCUUUCUUCUCUGCUCCCUUCUUGUUGUUUGGCCUCUUAGUCAAGGCUGCUGUUUCCUUUGGAUAUUGAUUCAUGCAACCACAACUACUCCAUAUGUUCAUCACAACCACAAUAUUUAUUUUUUAGUAUAUCUAUUAAAAUGUGAAGUCUAGAGAUGCUUUAAUAGUUCAAUUGGAGGGAACAAAUCCAUGCACAAUUGGAAUCUGUGGAUAGUUUUAAUUGAACAUGAAUAAACAGUCUUGUGUGAAUAAACAGUCUUGUGUGAAAUGUUAUCUAUCUAUUUAUGGAUGUUUAUGUUUA